GGUUCCCCUUUUGCAUUGUGUUGGAGCUGUGCAGUAACCACUUGCAAAAUGGUUGUCUCAUCGGCCAUAGGUGCAGAGGAGGUUUAAAUUUGUGUUUCGGGGGGUGUCGACUCUGCUGAAAACACCAAGAGGUCACAAUGGCACCGACAUCAAGUAUUUUUAUGCUUUUGGCCCUCACUGUUUGUGAUGCUGCUAUUUCCUGCCAGAAUGAAGAUGGCCAGCCUGUCGAUUGGUUCAUCAUCUACAAGCUGCCAAAAUACAAAAUUGGCGAGGUGGGUAGCGGGGUAGACUACAUGUACCUGGACCCCUCCUUAGACACCUGGCAACUUAGUAAAUUCAUGGUUAACACUAGUCAAGGAGCCAUCAGCAAUACCCUCGACCAGCUUUACAGCAAAGCCAUUAACAAGUCUAGCGACUUUGUUUAUGCCUUCUACAAUGAUUCACCACCUCUCCUCAAAUACAUGCGAGGAUAUGGACAUACAAAAGGGGUACUGCUAUUUGACUCUUCCCAGGGCUUCUUGCUGUCUCACAGCAUUCCCCAUUUCCCUUCAUUCCCAGAGAUGGGAUACCUCUACCCAUCGUCUGGCAAAAUCAAUGGCCAGACAGCUUUGUGUCUUAGCCUCCACUACGACCAAUUCGUCCAUGUCACGCAGCACCUGGUGUAUCUUUUCCCACGAUUCUACAACUGCUCCGUCCCUCCUGCAUUUGCUAGCAAACUGCCUCAACUGGCCCAGUUAUGUGCAGGCCAAAGGCCAGAAGCGCCUUCGGACAAGAGAAUGGACCAGCUCCUUUCUCUGCAAGGAGAGAAGUUUUUCACUUUUGCCAAAUCCGACCAUUUCGUGGAUGACAUCUAUACUGGCUGGGUGGCUCAGGUCCUAAAAGCGGACUUGAUGACUGAGACCUGGCAGAGACCAGACCACGACCUGCCUUCCAAUUGCUCCUUGCCCAAUCACGUCAUGAACAUUAAGAGGAUCCGUCUUCCCAAAUCUGCCCCAUUCUAUUCAAAGUACGACCACUCCAAGUGGUGCGUGUCGUGGGAUUAUGAGAAGCAAUUGACCUGCUUGGGAGACCUGAACAGGGAGGUACUUCAAAUGUGGCGAGGUGGGGGACUAAUGUGCUCCAACAACACGUUGAUUUACAAGUCUUUUAGACCUGUGGUGGACUGGUACAUUGGAUGCUGAUUUGAAGGCCAUCCUUGUAUUGUUUUGAUUGUUAGGGUCAAUUUCUUUGAUUAUCUCUCGGAACCAUGAUCUAUGAUCUUUCAGUAAAUCAAUCUGUUGUUAAUUGAUCAAUUGAUUUAUAAUUUUUUUUCAGGGAGGCAAAUUCUCUUCAUGUCACCUCCUGCAUUCAUGAAAUUAUGGUACAAUUAUACUCUUCUCCAGGAUGUGAUUCAUCAACAAUCAAUUCACCCAAUCGACAAUGUACUUUUAAAAUGAAUAAUAAAUGAUAAUUGUGCCUAGGCCCAGUAUCGUUA